CACACCAUGGCAUUUAAGGUAAUUGCACUCGCCACCCUAUUGGCCGUUACCCUCGCCCGUCCUCAGAACACACCGGCCUAUGGCUAUGGCGCCACAACGCCCGCUUCAGGACCUGCCAAGUACGAUUUCAACUACGCCGUCAACGACCCACCAUCUGGCAACGACUUUGGCCAUCAGGAGGCUCGAGAUGGCCCUAACACUCAGGGUUCCUAUUACGUCCUCCUUCCCGACGGUCGUCUUCAGAGGGUCACCUACACUGUGAACGGUGAUUCUGGCUACGUGGCCGAGGUCACCUACGAGGGCGAGGCCCAGUAUCCUUCCACACCACGCCCCUAUACACCUGCCCCUAAGUAUGCUUAAGCGCAAUGUUUUAGUAACCACUGUAUAUAUAUACUUUAUUAAACUUGAACAUCGG